CAGCGCGCGCGUACGGUCGCUUCGAAAACUAAAGAGCGCGCCUUCCGCGCGAGAAUAAUAGUAGUAAUAAUACCGGGUGUCGAAUAAAAUACCACUAAAAAAUAAAAAAAAUAACAAGAGCUCCACAGCGAAAUUUACGAGUAAAUACGACCAGAGAAAAACAAAACAAAAGGCGGCGAAGAAGGCCAAGUAGAAGAAGCUUGGUUCUCUGCGUGCGCGGGUGUAUGUGUGCGGCUUUCGGGCGUCUGUGUGUGUUUUGUGCGUAAUUGUGUGCGUGUGUGUGCCAAAGCCAAGAAUCAAAGUGCAAAGCGAAAUUGAAUAAUUUCUCUCUCUUUCACUCGAAUGUGUAACCGAAAUACCCGAAAAAUAAGAAAAUAAUCAAAAGCUGAUAAAGGCCAAGCAAAAAGUGAGAUAGUAAACAAAAAAGGCUGCCUUUUUAAGGCCAAAACAAAAACAAGCCAAUGUUUUGGUUUACGUAACACCGCAUCCUUUGCGAAAAGUCGAAAAGAAAAAAAGCAAAUUGAAUUUGACAAGAAACAAAAAAGUAGCCAUGCAUUUCCUGGGAAAAGUUUAAAAGUUUUCAUCAUUUCCGCACUCUCUUCUUCUUUUCUGCAAUUUUCCCAACCCACUUUUUUUGUUGUUGAUUGAAGCAGCCGCGAAAUGUCAACCGCCACAAUAACAACAACGGUGGUGCCUGCCGCCCCCUCAAAAUCGGCACCACCCACUCCAACAGCAACAACAACAAACGCACGCACCGCCGACUGUCGCAAAUUCACGCCGAACAUUUUCAACAAGAGCAAGUGCAGCCACUGCUUUCGCCAGCGGGAGGAGCACUCGGCCGCCGCCUUGGAAUGCAAUAGGGCAUCGCGAAAGGUCUCCAAAUGCGGAUAUCUGUUUGUGGCGCCAGAUUGGGACUUUAGCAAUCCAUUGUACAGAACAAAGCGCUGGCAGAGAAGAUGGUUUGUUCUCUAUGACGAUGGCGAGCUGACGUAUUCGGUUGAUGAUUAUCCCGAAACAAUACCGCAGGCGAGCGUCGACAUGACCAAAGUGCUGGAGGUGACGGGCGCCGUGGAGGUGACGGGUCACCCCAACUCCAUCGCCAUAACCGCCCCCGAGCGCGUGACCUUUGUGAAGGGCACCAGCUCAGAGGAGUCCCAGUGGUGGCUCAACAUCCUGGCGGCCUUCCCCAAGUCGAAGGGUCGCCACAAGAGGAGUGCCACGCUGCCCGGUGGUCAAGUGGUGGGCAGUCUGCGUCAGUCGAGUAAUGGCGAUUUAACGCUAUCUACCAAGUUGGGCAAUCGGCACAGCUCCUACCACAAGGACACCCUCACGUCCUCGCAGUCGGCGGGAAACCUGUUGAGCUCGCUGGAUCUGGGACCGAGUUCCACGAAAACAGGUGGAUCGCCACUGAACACCACGCAAUCGCCUCUCGCCGACGACGAGGAGGACGAUGGAGUGGAAACCGGCGAGGAUGUCGACGAGGAGGACGAGGAGGAUGAGACGUCGGUGUCCAGGAAGUCAAAGACUGUCAGCCUUGGCGGCCAGGACGAGAACAAUCGGAAUGCCGGCAACGAGAUCACAAAUCGGGUUUCCCAGCCCACCACCUGCCUGCUGAUCGAGGACAUUCGUCGCGACGAGAAGACGAUCAAGGACAUUGCCAACACGAUUACGAAUCUGAGUCAGCAGCAGAACAAGCGCUGGUCCACGGCGGUCAACAAUGCUUUGAACAACCAGCAUCACUUCAGCCAUCACAGCCAGUACAGCCAAGUGAAUUCAUCGCGGGACGAGACGGACUUCCAGGUGGUGUCCUCGAAUAGCAAGUCCCAAAAUCCCACCAACGAGCGACCCAAAUCACUGCCCCUGGCCUCCAAUUCCACGCCGGCGAUUGUUUCGGCCAUAGUCAAGAAGAUACCCACGGUUAUGGAGCAGGGUGAGAAAACGAAGCCCACUGCCAGGCUGCAGUUGCAUCUUAAAUCCCCCAAACACUAUCAACAUGAACGUGGUGAUCCCGAUGGUGGAUGCAACUUGGAUGAGCUGUGCGUUAAUUACAUGGCCAAAACGGAUGAGCUCCGAUCGGUGGGAAAAGCGACCGGUAAGACAACCUCCGGUCAAGGCAAACCGCCGGUUAAAGCGGCAGCCGAGGAAUCGCUGAAUGCCAAGAAGGGUUGGCUGAUGAAGCAGGACAAUCGAACGGGCGAUUGGUCCAAACAUUGGUUUACUUUGAGUGGAGCUGCACUUUUCUACUACCGCGAUCCUUUAUGUGAGGAGCGAGGAGUUCUUGACGGAGUCCUGGAUGUGAAUAGCUUGACAUCCGUGGUGGCGGAACCUUCGGCCAGUAAACAGCACGCCUUUCAGCUGACCACUUGGGACAAACAGCGUUUGGUUUUGGCCAGUCUGUCGCCGAGUUCGAGGAACAGUUGGUUGGCUGUGCUGAGGAGUGCAGCGGGUUUACCCCAGGUGGAUAGUACGCCACCCAAGCAGACGGAUAUCGAGCAGGACUUUAUCAAGGCGCAGUUGCAACAGCCCACGGCAACGAGUCCUGCUACUCCAGGAACCCCCGCAGGUCCCCAUUUCUCCUCGGAUGAGGAGUAUAGAACGGCUUCGGAGGGAGGUAGAAGAGAUAGCUUGGACUGGGGAUCUCCCUUGUCCCCAUCACCCCCUGUCCUCCGGAGUUGCCUGCGCAAUCGCAGCCUGGCCAGUUUGCACAAGAGGAGUCGCAGUUCGCCGCCAAGUUCGCGACGCAGCACCGUGGACAGUGUGGCCAGUGAUGAGUUGCCCCUCCUGGUUGCUCUGCCAGAGGAACUGCCAACCGAAAGCAGGGAACUCAAGCAGCAAUGUGAAACGUUAAGGGCAGAGGCUUCUCUGAGGGAGGCUCGAAUGUCUGAACUUCUAGCCACCCUUCAAAGAACCGAACAGCAGUUGACUGCUAGACUUCAGGAGCAACAGCAGCAGCUGAACAGCGAACUCAGCCAGGCCAAGCAGAGUGCCUCUGAUUUAAUGCAUAACCUAGGACUCCAGCUGACCGAAAGUCACGGGCAAAUCAAGCAGCUGGAGGAUCGUUUAGCACAGGGUAUUGAGGAGAACGAAGGACUCUACAAGAGGUUAAGGGAACUCCAGGGCAGCAGUGGUGGUUCAACUCCCCUGAGCAACCUGCAGCGUCACAAAAUCAAGCGAAUGGACUCCCUCAGCGAUCUGACCACCAUUAGCGACAUCGAUCCCUAUUGCCUGCAGAGGGAUUCCCUGGCCGAGGAGUAUAACGAACUGAGAUCGCGGUUUGAGAAGGCCGUGAAUGAGAUACGAGCUAUGAAGAGGGAACUCAAACAGUCGCAAAAUCAAUAUGAUGCCUUGGAACUGGCACAGGCUGCACUGCAGCAGAAGCUGGAGAGGCGGCAGCACGAGGAUGGAGCUCAGCUUCAGCUGAUGGCAGCUCGGAUUCAGGAUUUGACUUUGAAGUAUAGUAGUUCUGAAAGACAAGUGAGGGCCUUGAAGCAAAAGUUGGCCAAAUCCGAGAGGCGACGAUCGCUGAGCCUGAAGGGAAAAGAGCAACUAGAACUCAAGUUAAGCGAGCUGCAGAGGGAAACCACAAAGGAGGGUUCACCACCCAUGGAAUCCUCUAGCAGUGAAUCCAGUAGCCAAUCCUCACCCCUAAAUGCCCAUCUGCUGCAGAGACUCCACAGCCUGGAGCACGUGCUCCUGGGCAGCAAGGAGCGCCUGGAGCAGAGUCUCACCCAGCUGCAGCAGAUACGAGCGGGUCAAAGGUCACGGCGCUCCGUCUCGCCCAUGAACGAUAGGAAAGAUGGCCUCAGACAACUGGAACGGGCUCUGGCCGAAACCUGUGUGAUGGUCAGCGAACAGAUGGAGCUCACCUGCCUGCAGGAUGCCUGCCACAAGUGCUGCGAUCUCCGGCAGCGCGUGGAGAAGCUCUCGGCGCUGCAGCAGCAAACGGAGACGGAUCUGCAGAGGAGCGAGCAGCUGUUGGAGCAAAGGGAGGCGGAUCUCGCCCAGGCUUUGGAGAAGUGCGCAAACCAAGAGCAGGAACAGGAGCUGCUCCUCCAGCAGCGGAGGGAACUCAGCGAGGAGCUGGGCAGGCAGCAGGAGCGGUGCCGGCGACUCGAGAAGCGACUGGAGCUCCUGGAGCGGGAGCAUGGGAAGCAGCUGGAGUGCCUGAGGGAGGUCUACCACACCGAGCACGCCAAUGCCGCGGAUGAGCAGAGCUUCCGCAAGCGCUACCAAACCGAAAUUGAGCAGCUAAGGACCCUCUGCGAGAAGGGAUUGAGUGCCAUGGAGACCUCUCAUAGGCGGCUUACUUGCGACCUGGAGCAGAAGCACAAGAUGGAGAUUGAGCGCCUGCUGGCCGAGAAGGAAACCGCGCUGGCCGAGGAGACUCAGGCCACCUUAGCUGCCCUGGAUGCCAUGAGAAAGGCACACCAGAGCGAAGUUCAGCGGGAGGUGGCUCGAUUCAAGCAGGAGUUCCUGCGACAGGUCCAAAGAGGCGAGCAAAUGCGGGGUGAUGGAGCCAAACUGAAGGAGGAGGAUCUCGGAGAGCUUCGUCUGGAAAUUCUGUCCUUUUCCGAGAAGUACUCCAUCAAGUGUGUGGAAAAUGCUGCCUUAGAGGAGAAACUGCAUAUGGCCAACAGCAAGCUGAGGCACUUUCAGCAAAUGCAGCAAUUGGAGCUGAGAAACAAGCAAUUUCGUGCCCACUUGGCCUCCGAUGAUCCAUCAAACGAUGUUCACUUCGUGCAGGGCCUGACCACCGACGCUCGAGAGGGUGCUGAUUGUGAAGAUAGCGAGCCUGCACCACAAAUUAUGGGUGCAACAGCAACAACUGCCACAACCACAGCAACUACUACCACAACAGCGGCCUCGAGCGACACUGAGUCCAAUCCCGAUUCCGAGUCCGAAUCCGAUAGAGAAACCGCCGAUUCCAGAUCAGCACCCGAGAAAAUGGAGCAAAGUCUCUUCGUGAUACCCUCCCAUAUGCUAAACUGUUCCCCCGCGUCUGCCGCAAACGCUUCUGAUCAGAGUGAGAGAUCCCCACUACUCUAUCGAGAUCUCGAUGGGCUGGAGGAUGGCUACGAGCCAUGCUACAGGCCCUUCGAUAUAUUCGCCAUCUAUCAGAAUCGUUUGAGCUUCCAAGGUCUGAGGGGCAGCUCCACGUUUGGCAAGAGUUUGAGAAAGUCCGCUGCACAGACAUCACCAGCAUCAUCAGAACUAACAACAAAAACAGCACCCACAACCGAUCCAAAUAAGCCCAGUCACAAGCAAAUGUUUAAAACGGCUGCCGUCAUUAACAUUCAGCAACAGGAACUCCAGGAAGAAAAAGCACAAUGAACAAAUCGAAAUGAAAAACGAAAUGCAAUAACCAAGAGCAAGCAAACAACAAACAGAACCAGUGGAACAACCAAAGAAUAAUUAGUGCUAAUAAUAACUAAAUAAUUAUAAUUAUUUAAAGUAUAUUAAUUAAACCAAGCAACCAAAUGCAAGACAAAAAUCGAACGGCACAACAUCCGAAAUGAUGUAUGUACAUAAAACGAGUAACAUUUCUCUAACAGAGCGCAAAACUGGUUGAGGAGAUCAUAAUGAUGAUGAUGAUGAUGUUGGUGAUGUAGCAUGCGAGUGAAAUAUGCGUAGAGGAGCUUCAGAUUUCAUAUGGAGUUGAGUUGAGCUAACAACGACUGUUCACCCCCCUCCAAUGCAAAAAGUGGAAGGGACGUCGAGCAAUGGAAAACUAACCCCCAACAACAAAAGUAACAACAACAACUGCGUCAUCAACAGCUACAAAAACAAGAACAAUUUUGGGCCAAAUUUAUGUAUUUAUCAUCUAUUCUAUCAUUGUAUCUGUAUGUUAUUCUACUGUACGGUUUAUCCAAUCUCUAUGUCCACAAAAUGUGUCAUUUAUUUAUGUUUAUAUGUAGUUCAUAGGUCAAUCAAGCUUAUUCGCUUCCCUUUGUUUCGUUUGUAUUAAAUAUAUCGAAAUUGUUUUCAGCUUACAUACAUGUAAAUGCAUUAUACAUAUAAAGGAAAAUACAAACAAUAAAUCAUUUAA